AUGUCCGCACCAGGCAUGGAUAACGAUUUUCAGCUCUUCUCUCCCCGCCGACAGUCCGGCGGAGGAAACACCAAUGGAAUUUAUCGACAGCAGUCUUCAGACAAUCAUAAUCAAGAUUGGACUCAAUGGAUGCGAUGGGAUGAGCCGAUGUUUGGCGAGAAUGACCAGAAGAAUGUCGAUUCAUCGAUUGAUCACCCGUUUAUUUCUCCGCAUACGACCAUAAGAUCCUCACCCAACCAGUUCCAGCAGACGGAUUUCUCUCCCCAACUUCCGCUGGGACUCAUGGAAAUUCCACCGGACAACAACCAUUCCAGAGGCUCGAUACUAUCAACCAUCUCCGGGCCGCCUGGUCUGGUGUCUCCCAUCUCAAGUGCCGGAACAAACCGAAAGCGAAAGACGGACAGCGAUGACGACGCAACCACUGUGACUGGCCCUGUUCAACCUGGAAAGAAGAUGCCGGCUAAAAAGAGAGCCCACAAUGUCAUUGAAAAACGAUACCGGGCCAACCUGAAUGAGAAGAUCGCGGAAUUGCGUGACAGCGUUCCGAGUCUUCGAACAACAAAGAACGCCAAUGGUGACUCCAACGAAGAUGAGGACGAUGCAGACGGAGCUCAAUCCGCGAGCAAGCUGAACAAGGCCUCUAUUCUUUCCAAGGCCACCGAAUAUAUCAAACAUCUCGAAAUCCGGAACAAGAGAUUGGAAGAUGAAAACACUGGACUUAAGAAUCGACUUCGCCAAGCUGACAAGGCAGCUGACCAAGCCGUCACAUCUUCUGCGUCGGUUUCAUCUCCCAGCAAUUAUACUCCUUCUAGUGACUCCAGUGCGGGCACAUCGCCAAGUGUGUUCUCGCAGCCCGAUGAGAUCAGCGGUGAUUCACCUACCUCCUCGCAACCCGUUGAAGGUAUGAUCAAAAUUCCCGAUUCGUUCAAACGAAUGCGUGAGGAAGGAAAGCAAGGCGUCUUUGGCGAGUCCUACAUAAAAAAUUCGUCCAGUCCCUAUGGUCGCACAGAAGGAAACGGCCGACGAUCUAGGAUGCCCAAUAAGUAUAUGCUGGGCGCUCUUGCUGGACUUAUGGUCCUCGAAGGAUUCGGUGGAGAACAGACCGAGUCUGAAGAAAAGGGCCUGUUCGCUCUUCCUUUGAACCUGCUCUCCCGCUUCCGGUCCCCGAGCCUUGCCCGUUUUGAGUCCUAUUUACACAACUUUUGGUACUCCUGGCACGCACGCGCCAUCUCACAUUUCUUACUCCUUCUCGCCCUCGCGGUUGUGUGUGCAUUCGUAGUCUUCCUUUACCUCUUCAAUGCCCAAACAGUCUCACAGCGUGCCUUCCCAAAAGCAGUCAACGUAGGCAAAAAUGCCUCACUCACUCCCAGUGAUUUUCGGCGGCAGGCUUGGCUUACCAGUAUGCAACGAGUCGGGGUACCACGUCAUCGGUUCUUCCGUGAAUGGUAUGUCGUGACAUCGCGAUGUUUUGAAUAUGUUCUCCGGUGCUUGAUGGGGUGGAAAAUCUACUCUUGGGCCACUGGAAUCACAGAGGAGGAUGAAAGGGGCCGUGUUAAGACGUGGGAUAUUGCACUUGAUGCCCAGCUUACCGGCGGCGAUACCGAAAUCAGCAAAAGCCGUCUGGUGCUCACAAUAUUUGCAGCAGGAACGCUACCAAGCAGCCCGAUGAGAAUGAUUCUCAAGGCUUUGCACGUGCGCAUUCUAAUGUGGAGAGUUGGAGAACCCGGCUCUUGGUCUUUCCACGUUUCCAAUGAUGUUGCUCGCACUCUUGCCAACUAUCAGUGGGGUGUUGCGAGAGAAAUCAACAACGCACUCCCCGAGGGUCAUCCAGAUCAGCUUCCCAGCCACUUAGCCGAAUUGAUCAAACUCGAUUGCGAAGAUGUCAUGAUCGACUCCAUCAUCCAGAGAGCUGUGAAUUUAACAUGGAAUCAACCAACCCAAGAGGGCACUGGAGAUGACGCAGUUCUUCUCGAUGUCGUUGAGGAAGAUCCUGCAAUUCAAAGCCCAGUGGAUGCUCUUGCAGCUUGGUGGUCAAGUCACCUCCUGCAAAGUGCCAUUCUGAAAUACAUGGAAGCCAGCGAAGGCGGCCCCGUCUCCAAAGCCAGCCGCGACACCUUCAAGGAAAAGAUUCGCAUGGCUCUUGAUGUCGCUCCCCGGCUUUCAGCGGCCUACACUCGGGCCUUGGUUAUGAAAUCAGUAUUUUUCGAUCAAGAUCGCAUUAAGAAUGUUGGUGCUGUACUCGCCACGCUUCCUAAAGAUAAGCACAAGAGCCAGUGGAAUCAGACUGCCAACUUCCUGGACUCUUCACUCCCCGUCUCGGUCCGAGAUGAGAUCUCCAUCGCCGUCCGCUGUGCCAUGAUUGCCGCCAUCGUCUCUGCGCGAUCCACUGGCGACACUUCUCUCCCCGCUUCAUUCACCAUUCAGAAAGCGAUAAACUGGUUCAAUCAACUGCCCAUUGACCCCGUUGAGCUUAGCUUACUUGGCUUUGCUUCGGUCUACCACUUACUACACCUUCUGGCGGCUGACGUUGACUACAUCGCAUCCUCGGACUCCUCUUCUCCCUCUUCGCCGGUCUCUGAUGCUGCUUCAUCCGCCGAUGACGAGGCUGACGAAAAACCACGCACAGCUCGCAAACUCGCCGUCUGCCCACGCGAUAUCCCCAACAUCGGUCGCGUUGCUGCCGAUCUUAUCUACUGGUCCCGCAACGCAUAUAACCCUGCUUUCUACGGUUUCUCGUCUAAUUUGGUCGAUGUUAUUGUGAAGUCUUGCACUGCUCUCUGUGAAAAUGCCGGUCUUAACGUGGACGACUAUGUACACACCCCUCCGGAACCUAUGCCAUCUCGCAAGCGCAAAACCCGACGUCGACGUGGGGGCUCCGAUCAAUCCCUGAUCAGUGACGCAGAUCAAGAUACUAUUGAAACGCGCAUGGGGAAGCCUCUUCGUCGAGAGCGCUCUGCAAGUAAUGAUACCGGCUAUGGAAGUCUUAGCCUGGAAGAAGAUGUACCAUCUAUUCCCAGAGUUCCUGAACAGGUUGAAGAGAUAUCAGCCUAA